AUGGUGUUACAAACUUUGAAAGUGAAGAAGCUUUAUGCGAAGCUGAGUAAAUGUGAGUUUUGGUUGCUUGAAGUGAAGUUUUUAAGCUAUGUAGUAUUAGCCAGUGGUAUUGCUGUUGAUCCUCAUAAGGUGGAUGCGUCAAGGAAGGUAAAAACUGCUUCUUUGAAUUUCACUGACUAUGCUGUUUAUUGGUGGCAAGAUUUACAGUACAAAAGAAGCCAACUUGGAAAAAAGCCCAUUAAAACGUGGGAGAAGCUUAAAAGGUACUUGAGAAAGGCUUAUGUCCCCAGCUACUACUAUACAGAGCUGAAUAGAAAAUUGAGAAUGUUUUCUCAAGGAUCUAUGACAGUGGAGGAGUAUGUGCACGAGUUGAAUAUCUUGAAGUUUCGUGCAAACAUUCAAGAAAAUGAACGUGAAGCAAUGUCAAGAAUUAUGGAUGGCUUGAGGCCAGAGUUGAGAGAUAAGCUUGACUUGUACACUUUUGUGGACAAGGAAGAGCUCAUACACAAGGCUAUAAAGUUGGAGCAGAGAAAUAAGAACAAACGUUCCAAGUCCUCUUGGAAAGACUCCAAGACAACUCCUAAAUGGAAGGAUUCCAAAGCCAAAGAUACAUCCCAGGCCAAGGAAGAAAUAAAGACCAAGUAUGAGGGUAAAACUUCUAACCCUAAACCUUCUUCUUAUUCAUCUAACACUUCUCCUAUUAAGUGUUUCAAAUGUCAUGGUGUGGGCCACAUGGCGAGAGAUUGUAGCAAUAAAAGGGUUAUGAUCUUGAGAGAUGAUGGUGGCUAUGAUAGUGUGCAUGAAAGUGAUAAAGAUGAUGCUGAUAAUGUUGAUGAUGAUUCUACCUCCCAUGAAUCAAAUGAUGAGCUUGAAUGCAAUGGUGUAGUUGACUCUAUCUUGGUGGCAAGAAGAGCUCUCAAUAUUCAACCAAAGGAGGAUGAUGAACAUGAGCAACGCGAGCAUAUUUUUCACACUAGAUGCUUCAUCAAAGAGAAAGUGUGUAGCAUGGUAAUUGAUGGUGGUAGUUGCACUAACGUCGCUAGCACUUUACUUGUAGAUAAAUUAUCUUUACCUUUAAUUCCACACCCUAAGCCCUACAAAUUGCAAUGGUUGAAUGAUUCUGCUGAAAUUAGGGUUUCUAAGCAAGUGUUGAUUACUUUCUCUGUUGGAGUUUAUACUUGUGAUGUAUUAUGUGAUGUAGCCCCUAUGCUUGCUGGACACUUGUUAUUAGGUAGGCCUUGGCAGUUUGAUAGUAAGGAUUAUAGAGAUCUAUUCCCUGAUGAAAUUCCUGAUGGACUUCCUCCCUUAAGAGGAAUUGAGCAUAGGAUAGAUUUCUUGCCUGGAGCUGCUAUUCCAAACAAGCCUGCUUAUAGGGCUAACCCUGAAGAGACUAAGGAGAUCCAGCGCCAAGUAGAGGAAUUGAUGAUGAAAGGCUUUGUGCGUGAGAGCCUUAGCCCUUGUGCUGUCCCUGUUAUCUUGGUGCCAAAAAAAGAUGGAUCUUGGAGAUUUGUUGUUGGAUCACAGGGAAUUCGUGUAGAUGAGGAGAAAGUUAAGGCUAUUCGUGAAUGGCCAACCCCUAAGAAUGCAAGUGAAGUGAGAAGCUUCCAUGGCUUAGCAAGCUUCUAUAGGAGAUUUGUUAGGGAUUUCUCUAGCAUUGCUGCCCCUCUUAAUGAACUUGUUAAGAAGAAUGCGACCUUUAAAUGGGAUAAAACACAAGAAAGGGCCUUCCAAACCCUAAAGGAUAAAUUGACUAAUGCCCCUUUACUUGUUUUGCCUAAUUUCUCUAAAGCAUUUGAAAUUCAAUGUGAUGCUUCUGGUAUUGGUAUAGGUGCUGUUUUAAUGCAGGAUUCUAAGCCCAUAGCUUACUUCAGUGAAAAGCUUCACGGCGCAGCUUUGAAUUAUUCCACCUAUGACAAAGAGCUUUAUGCUCUAAAGAGGGCCUUAGAAACAUGGCAACAUUAUUUGUGGCCCAAGGAAUUCAUCAUUCAUUCUGAUCAUGAAAGUUUAAAGUUUCUCAAGUCUCAAGGUAAGUUAAACAAGAGACAUGCUCGCUGGAUGGAAUUUAUUGAAACCUUUCCUUAUGUGAUUAAGCAUAAGCAAGGUAAAGAAAAUAUCGUUAAUAAAUUAUGCAUUCCUAUUUGUUCUAUGCGUGAGUUGCUUACUAAGGAAGCACAUAGUGGUGGUUUGAUGGGACACUUUGGUGUAGAUAAAACUUUGGCUAUUUUGUCUGAUCAUUUCUUUUGGCCUCACAUGCGGAAAGAUGUCAUAUCUGUUUGUGAUAAAUGCAUUAAAUGUAGACAGGCAAAAUCUAAGAUCCAACCUCAUGGACUUUACUCUCCUUUACCCGUCCCCUCUCACCCUUGGGAACAUAUCUCUAUGGAUUUUGUAAUUGGAUUGCCUAAAUCUUCUGCAGGCAAAGAUUCCAUAUUUGUUGUUGUUGAUAGGUUCUCUAAGAUGGCACACUUUAUUGCUUGUGCUAAGACUAAUGAUGCUGUUAACAUUGCUGACUUAUUCUUUAAAGAGAUUGUUCGUUUGCAUGGUUUACCUAAGACUAUUGUGAGUGACAGAGAUGUGAAGUUUCUUAGUCAUUUCUGGCGUACCCUAUGGCAUAAAUUAGGGACUAAGUUACUUUUUUCCACUACUGCCCAUCCACAAACUGAUGGUCAAACUGAGGUAGUUAACAGAACUAUGACUACAUUAUUAAGAGCAAUAAUUCAGAAGAAUUUGAAGAAUUGGGUGAAUUGUUUACCUCAUAUUGAAUUUGCUUACAACAGGGCUGUUCAUUCUUCUACUUCUUAUUCUCCAUUUGAAAUUGUUUAUGGUUUCAAUCCAUUAUCUCCUAUUGAUAUUUUACCUUUGCCUUUCUCUGAGCAUGCUAACACUGAUGGCAAGGAAAAAGCUAAGUUUGUGCAGGACUUACAUGCUAAGGUUAAAGCAAAUAUAGAGCGAAAGAAUGAGCAAUAUGCCAAGCAAGCUAAUAAA